AUGCCCCCAUCACACCUUCAUCCUCGGUCGCGCAUGACCUCGUCCCUAUUCGCCGUCACCGUCGCUACCAGCUUCUUCGUCGUCGGCCUCCCUCACAUGUUGCCCUGCCCGGCACCCAGAGUCAAACUCGCAGACUCAGAAACUACACCCGACGGCACAAGGCGCCGGAGGAGGAGGAAAUCCGAGUCCGCCGAGGUACAAGAUGGUAUUGCACAGUUUCAGAGUAGCAGCGAAGACUUCGAGAGGCUAAACAACAAAGCCUCCACCAAGAGAGAAUGUCCCGUGCCAAAGCCAGGAGGCGUCCUCGGGGGCUCAUGGGCUUCACAGAGUCCAAGACGGACAGCGAGCAAUCACGACAUGACAGGUGAUACCAAUGCCGACAUCGAAUCUGGGCCUUGA